AUGCUUGUCCUGAUGUUGAAGUAUCUCGGUUGCGCGACGGUGGCCUUUCUACUUGGGAAAUGCAUCUACAAUCUCUUUUUCCACCCUCUUCGCCACUAUCCAGGACCUUUCCUAUGUCGGGCCAGUCGCGUCUUUUAUCUCUUCUGGGACGUCCGCGGACUUAGCCACUGGAAGGUGAAGCAGUGGCAUGACCAGUAUGGCGAGGUGGUUCGCAUCUCUCCUGACGAGCUCUCCAUGACCAACCCUGAGGUGUGGUCCACUGCGUACGGGUUCGGGGCUGGUGGCUUCGACAAGGACCCCAAGUGGUGGAACAAGAACGUCGGUGGUGUCGACAACAUCCUGACCGCCGACGAUGAAGGGCACCGGCGCAUGCGGAGACUGCAAAACCCAGCAUUCUCUGACAAGGCGCUAAGGAGCCAGGAGCCGAGAAUGACAAAGUACAUCAACAUGCUCAUCCAACAGCUCCACAAGCAGUCCUCCCAGGGACCCGUCGUCGACAUCAACCUGUGGUACAACUUUACCACAUUUGACCUGAUUGGUGACCUGGCAUUUGGCGAGCCCUUUCAUUGUCUCCGGGACGGUGAGUGGCACUGGUGGUUGACGGCUGUCUUUGAGAUAUUCAAGGCGGGAACCUACAUCCGCGCCGCCAGGAGGUUCCCCACCGUCUUGUAUUAUGCCAUACUUUUGUGUAUAGUUCCAAAGAAGCUGCUGCAGAUGCGUGAGAGGCAGUACAUGUUUGGUGUUGAGCGUAUCAAUCGGCGACUGGAACAGACCGAUACGGACAAGGCCGACUUUAUGUCGUAUAUUCUUCAGGCAGAUGACGAAAAGGGAAUGACGGUUGAGGAGAUGUACACGUCGGCUCAGGUUCUCAUCGUGGCCGGCAGUGAGACUACUGCCACCGCCCUGACCAGCGGCACAUACUUUAUCCUGUCCAACCCACGCGUCUACGCUCGUUUGCGUGCUGAGCUCGAUGCUGCAUUCACUUCGGAAGCCGACAUCACCCUACAGUCAACCCAGCGUUCCCGCUUGCCUUACCUCCACGCCGUCAUCGACGAGACUCUGCGUAUGUUUCCUCCUGGCCCCGGGGCAUUCCCCCGUGUGGUACCCGACGGCGGGAGGACCAUCCUGGGUCAGUUCAUUCCAGGAGGCAUGACUGUUGGCAUGCACCAUUUGUCGGUUGGGCGGUCCAGCAAGAACUACGUGCUGCCAGACGAGUUCCACCCAGAGAGGUGGCUGGCUGAGGACAAGACGUUCGACCAUGACCGAAAAGCAGCGUCGCAAGUCUUUUCAUUUGGCCCAAGAAACUGCAUCGGAAAGAAUCUGGCACUCGCCGAGCUGAGACUCAUUCUGGCCCGCAUGUUUUGGAACUUUGACAUGGAACUUUGCCCCGAGUCAAAAGGCUGGACGGACAGACAGCAGAUGUAUACGACGUGGAAGAAGACGGAAAUGCCCAUCAAAAUCUCGGCAAGGAUACGAUAG